UCUGAUAUGAAUGGAUGAAGAAAGAGGAUGAAUGACUUUCAUCCGAAUGAAAGUAGGGUCAUGAAGACGGGUCGCAAUGGUGGUUGGUUGGUCAUGACGACGGUGUCACGCCGCGGGAGAAGAAACGUAGAGGAGGCCGUUGCCUGCCAGCCGAGUUCCGGUUCUCGUGCAUUGCUACACGCCUCGAAUUGGCAAAUGUCUUGUGGCCGUUCGACUCACUUUGUUUAGCAGGUUGGCUCCCGGCCCUUCCACCUGCCGCGCGAAUUUUGGCAAGUCUGUGCUGGCGGACCUCAUGACAUGCCUUUCUCAGACCGAGUACAUGGUUUUGGUUAAACGCAUUGAGAGGUGGGUAGGGUGUGAAUGAAGGUCGGGAGGAGGUGCCCGUGUAUCGCCGUUAGUCAGUCCCACUGGUGGGAGGCUUCUGGGUUCCUGGUUGCGCAGGGCAGCGCUCAAUCGUGCGCAGGAGAAUUCGGUUCUGGUGUAGUCGCCAGAUGUGAAGGGUUGUGCAGAGUGGAGUCGCCUGGUUGGUGCUCGGGGAAUAGCUAGCUUUUGAGCUUCGUAGAAGAUCUUCGUUUUCGAGGUUUUCGAUGCCCUGUAGGAGUUAGUUGGAGUCCAUGAGUAACACUUUCGCUUCUACUACGGACUCUAGAUAAAUUAUUUGUUGCAGGAGGAUUGAAAGUGCAGGAGUGUCUGGAAAAUGAAUUGCUCAUUUUGAACACUGGCGUGUAUGAGUGUUGAAAAGAAACGCGGAAGCGUUGUAAGCGGGUGCAGCAUUAUAUACACGGAGUAGUGUCGUUAUGUUCUUGGCUCGUACUUUUCAAGUUCAGUGGAAACAUCAAAAGAAUGACCACGUAUUAUUUGAGCAUCCCACGCUCAAGCCAUGGAAUCGUUGUGGUUGAGUGUGACUGGCCCCUGGGAUCUAUCGAGUGAGGCCAGCCAACAUCUACGUUCGUAGAUCCUUGUGUCUAUUCCAGCCAAGGUCUACAACUGGAGGCUAGUCCGGAACCUAGUCGGAUAUUGACACUUCCGCUGUAGGAUUUGAGCUGAGGGAAUGUGGUUGUUAAGUCGUCGACUUUGGUAGUGACGAACGUGCACACAACGUAACCUCGUCUUUCACCCUUGAUCAGAUAAUUACGGCAGACGUCACCGUCAAAUUCAUAAAGUCUGUGCAGGUUUUGGAAAGAAUAUGUUGUAGGGAAUUACGUCUCGCGACAUGGCAACCACGCGGAGAACAAGCACCAACAAGCAACACUCCGGACCUACCGGCUCAUCCACAUCCUACAUUAGUGCCAAUGAUUAUGCAUCCUCCCAUGGCACCGCGUCCAACUCUUCAAGACGAACAGAUAGCACACUUACACGCAGAUCUCUUCAGGGGGAUGAGCUCCGAGCACAUAUGAACAUUCAGAAUGCAGCGUUCGGAAGUGCCCAGGAUUAUAAUUUCAAUCAGUAUGACAGUGCCCACGAGUCUGGAAGAGGAGGAUUUGUGGGUUAUCAGGAAGCGCAGAUGUCGAGCUCGGUAUUUGGAUCCCAAGGUGCGAAUUCGAGUGCACGGGACAGGCGGAGGAGGAUGUCACUAGGGAGCCAGAUGGAGCUGCUCCAAAGUCAGAUUGAAGCGCAAGUUCAACCCCGGCCGAAGUCCUUCAUAACUACUUCAGCAACUUCUACUCGAAGAGACAGCCUUGUCAUAAGGACAGCGCCGUCUUCGAGGUCAAACAGCGUCCCGAAGGUGAGGACUGUCGAGGAGAAUGAAAUCCCUUGUCCGCCAGGGUCGGCACGAGCAUUGCACUUCGAACGUGUUUCUGAAUCUAUGCCAAAUUUCAAACCUAGUGAGAUUAAACCCGACUUUUACAUCGACAGUCAGGAAAACACAAACCGACUCAGUACCGUUCAAUCCUUAUUCGACUCCAAUUGUCGUCCAACCGUUCGACCUGUCUCAAAGUCAGAGUCCCAUACACCUAUCCCACAAUCCCCAAGAGGGAAGCAGAGUACUCCCACUAAGUAUCUGAGCGCACGCGCUGUCGCGGAGAGACUAGCUAAAGCUAUUCGCGGUGGAUCGAAGUCUUCCAAGAACAAAGUGGACAGGAAGUUGGCCAUGGCUGCUGAUAGCCAAGACGCAUCUGGAUUACUUUCUGAUGAUAGUAGCGGUGGUAAAUGUAUUGAUCAGUGGCCUGAACCUUACUCUCGCCAGCUCGUCCAGGAGCAAGCGUUAGACCACAGUGAUAUUUACGCUGAAUUUAACGAGAAAUCACAGAUAUCUUCUUUCCGCGAGAAGAGGGUCGAGACCUCGCCUCGCGAAGAGAAGGAGAUUGAUAUGCUCAAGAGCUGGUUAGACGGGAUGAAGCAACAGGGAGAGGGUGUGUACGAUGAUCUCGAGAAAAAAGCCAAAGCAACUUGUGAGAGGUUGGAGAUGCUAGACGAGGAACAAGCCAUGCUGGAUGACCGGUUACUCUGCUUAAACGACUUCCAAUUCAACGACAAAACGCAAAGUAAUGAUUCUCUAGAAGCAGUUCAGCAACGACUUCGGAAGAUGCACGAGGAGAAGAAGUCCUUGGCUCUAGAAGCGGCAUCUGAGCUGAGGCGGAGGAUCUCGGAGCGAUCUGCUGCAAGGAAAGUUUUCACGUUAAUGAAGCGCGAGAUGGAUGCCUAUGCGAAAGUGAUGGACAAGGAGAAAGCGGAAUUGCAAAGUAAACUAGAAGAAGAGAUCGCACGUAGAGAGUCUAGCUGGAUGGUGAAACUUGAUAAGAUUAGGUCAGAGGAACGAGAACUACGGGAAAGAGUUAUGAAUUUACAAGAAGAGAACUCUUACAUUCAAAGGGAGAUCUCUACCUUGUCGUCGAGGGACGGAAGCACUAAGGGGAAGAUCAAAGAGUUAGAAUCAGAAGUUGACUCGUACCGCACGAGAGCCGAACAAGCUGAGGCUGAGUUAGAUGCCCUGCACCAGGCGUACGGGAAAAAAGAAUCUGAAGCUCGAAAUUUGCGCAAAAUUGUUGAGAGGUUGCCAGAGCUUUGCAGCGAUUACGAGAAGCGCGUGAGCUCACAACUUCAUCAUAACUACCAGGACGGCCGAGUGGAGGAUUUGAGUGUAAGGUCCCGGAUGCCAAGCAAAUUACAAAGAGACUUGUCACGGUUAAGCAUCCUAGAGUUAGCAUUGCAGUCUGAAAUGAAAGUUCUGAAGGGUGGGCCUUCGGGCCAUGGUAAUCUUGAGGACAAACAGAGCAGCAAUAACUAUGGCCACAAAGACGUUGGCGAGCUCCAGACUGAGUUGGACAGGCUGCAAAACCUGACUGGUGAACUUCAAGACGAAAACAACCUCCUUUCUGUCAAGUUGCGAUUGGCUGUAAGAGAGAAAGAAGAGAUGCGGAAGGCCCUGAGAGAAGCUGAAGAGGAGAUUCACGAACUGCGGGAGGAAGGAAUGUGUCGGGGCCAUGGCGAAGAAAACCACCGCCAGGGAUCGUCGGAUACGUCACCAGUAGAUCGUGCUCUUGAUUUAGACGGAGAUUCUAUUUCACAAGGAUCAAGAAAAUCGGCUGGAUAUCAUAUAAGAGGAGAAGCUACGAGCCAAUUGCAAGUACGCGAAUCACAAAUCUUGAACAUGAAACAUGAGUUUGGGAAGCAGGAAGAUGUCAUUCGUGGUUUGGAGCACAGUCUCUCCGUCGCGGGCAAGACCGUAGAGGCGCAGAAAGUUCGCAUUAUGCGUCUCUCCGCUCGGAAUGAAGAGCUAGUCCGAUUAUACCACAGUAAGGAAAACGAAGUGCAGGACCUUAGGAUUCUGAAUUCAGCCGAAGCUGAAAGCAGGCGGGUAUCUGAGCAGGAACUGAAUCAGUUGCGGGAGCAAGUUGUGAAAUGCAAGCAGGAGUUGCGGGCUCAGGAUUUGAACUGCAGAAUUCUGAAAGAGAAGCUAGGUAUAAAAGAGGCUGAAUUAGAACAACGAAAUGAUGAAGUCAUAGCUCUCGAGCAUCGGCGAGACUGGCUGGAAUCUGAAGUUCAGAAGCUGCAACGUCUCUUGAGCGAGGCCAACCAAAGAGUUACCUCCUUAGAGCAUCAGUGCGAAGAUCAUCUCAAUAGGAUUCAGAGCUUGGAAGGAAAUGUGGAAGAUCACGUGAAGGAGCUGAAGAAGCUUAAAGAGCAGCUUCCCCGAGUCCUGAAAGAACGUGAUGAUUUGUCUCAUGAAGCGGAUCAGAUGGGCCGGGAGGCACUGAGAUUGGGCGCGGAAGUGGAAGUUCUGCGAAGGAAGGUACAUGAGCUUGAUGAGGAUGUUAUGGUGCGCGAUGGCCAGCUCUCCAUCUUGUGCAACGCCCUGGAAGACCGAGAAUGAGGACUUCUAUUUGGACUCGAUCAUUCUUGACGAAGUCUUCCAUUUUGACUCGAUUCCAUGGAAAGAGCCUGCUCGGUUUAAGACACCAUGUUUAUUCCAAGCCAAGGAAGUAGAGCUUGCGAGAGAAUUUAACGGUGAGCCCAUGCGCAUGGAGAGCUAAUUUUGAGAUCAUGGAAGACUCUUAAUUAGAGUUCUAGAUUUUUAGCUGUUCAUCCCUAGCUGCUAGGAACCUACCAACUACACACUUGUAAUUCUGGCUCAUUGAUGUGUGACUUAAACAUCGGUCCGUGGUCUGAUGUUUGUAUUAUACAAACACACUAACAUGAAGGAUUGGUACUCCACUAAUGGUCGUUA